ACACACACACACACACACUAAGAGCAAAGCUCAAGUCUUUGUCCUGCCCAGAAAGAACCUUCUUCUCUCCACUGGUUGAGAUUUCUUUCAAGAACAAAAUCAAUCAAUGGCUUCUCUCAAGAAUUUGCUCUUUCUCUCUCUACUUUUCCACUCUCUUCUCAUUAUCAAAUGCGACGAUGAAGAAGACAAUCUUCUCCAAGGAAUCAACCAGUACAGAGCAUCCUUAAACCUGACAGCCCUAAUCAAGAACGACAGAGCCGAAUGCUUAGCUGGCGAAGUUGCCGACCAAUUCAAAGGUCAACCCUGUACCAACACCACAGGCUCGGCUACCAUACCUGGCACCGAGCCUCAGUACCCCAACUUCCCUCAAUUUCUAUCAAAGUGCCAUUUGAAUGUAACCACCACACGAGACGGCCAGAUAAUGCCAGCCUGUGUUCCGAACCUAGAUCCGAGCCUAGUCAUCUCCAAUUUCACUAAAUCGCAGUACUCGGAGUAUCUAAACAGCACCAACUUCAGUGGGAUAGGAGUUAACUCGGAAGGUAAUUGGAUAGUUGUUGUUUUGACUACGAACACACCCGAGGGGAGUUACUCUGUCGGCACUAAUAAGGACAAUGGUGGGUCCCGCCUUAACCCUAUUGGCUAUUUAGUGUUUUUGCUCGUCGGAUUUUUCGUGUUACUGUGAAGUUUUAGAUUUGAUUUAAGCGUUAUACCUCGGCAUGAAUUUUUCCGUAUUUUCUCGAGUGCGAAAAUAUUCUUCGUCCGCUGUUGCUUUGUGUAACGAUUCUAUUAUUGAGAUUUUCAGAGCUAAAUUUUCGGAAAAUUUGCUAUAUUUACUUGUUGCUGUUAUGGAGCUCGUGGAUUUCGAA